AUGUCAGGUGCCACAAAAACAACACCAUCAUCACCAACCACUGGCACAAAAAAACCAAUUAAAAGAUAUUUACACAACUAUGGUAGAUACUCAAGUGUUUAUAAAAAUAGUUUUGCCCUUUGGGCCGAAAAAUGGUAUAGAAGAAGUAUUUCAAUUUCAUUGAUUUCAAUUGUUCUUGUUGUUUUGACCAUUUUAUUCCCAGUAUUAGCAAUUGUUGCAUUGGCAUUCGAUAUGUAUCAUUAUAAACGUCGUAAAGGUUUAAAUUAUGUCAGAAUUUUAUCAUUUUUUGAAUCUUAUCUUUUAAUCGAAGCCAUUGCCUUAUUUUCAACAUUUUUAAUUUAUGCACUUUAUAUGGUCUCUUUAGUAUUUGCAUCUGACCCAGAACAAAAACGUUAUUUCCGUUGGAAUUACUGGUAUCAAAGUUGGUGGGGCGGUAAAAUGCUUUUUGGUUGGAGUACUUCAUUAUUAGGUAUCCAAGUAGAACUUGAAAUUGAUGGCAAUGUUAAAGAGAAGUUUGUUGCUCCAUACAAUGGUAACAUUAAACAAAGAAUUGCUGAUUCUCUUGGUGUUGGUCCAAAAAUUGUUUUCUCAAGACAUGCUAGUUUUGCAGAUACCCUUGUUCCACAAGGUAUUUUCUCACAAUUUUAUCAUAUGAGAUACAUUGUUAAAAAAGAAUUACUUUGGGAUCCAGCUCUUGAUGUAUCAGGUUCAAGAACUCCAAACUUUUUCCUUUUCAGAGAUGCUGGCACAGAUGGUAUGGAUGUUGAAAUGGAUGCAAUUAGAUCUAUGGUUUCAGAUUUCAAGCCAAGUGAACCAGAUGUUACUUGCAUUUGGCCAGAAGGUACUAGAUUCUCAAAAUCAAAGAGAGAAAAGGUUUUAGAAAGUUUCAAAAAGAAAAAUGACACUAAAAAUUAUCAAUUGGCUUCAAAUUUAAAACAUACUUUGUUACCAAGAGUUGGUGGUGUUUUAGCUUUAUUAGAAUCAAACCCAUGUGGUGAUAUUCUUUUCUGUUAUCAUUUUGGUAUGGAGGCUUCAUCCAAUUUCUCACAAAUGAUGAAUGGCGAAUUAUGUAAUAGAGUUGUAAAAAUUAAAUUUGAACAAAUUAAAUAUAAAGAUAUUCCAAAAACAAAACAAGAAAGAAUUGAUUGGUUACUUAAUAAAUGGGUUGAUAUUGAUAAAUGGGUUGCCAAACAAGAUGAACUUUAUCAUGCCGAAAAAGGAACAUUAAAACCAAAGAAAAAUUAAAUCAUCAAAUUAUUAGAAAAAAUUAAAAUUAAACCAUAUUAUCAUAAAUUAUAAUAAUAAAAAAAAAAAACAAUUAUAUUUUUUUUUUCCACC